GUGAUGAAUGAUGAUCACGAUGAUCACGCCGGUGGCGGAGGUGGUGGAUAUAAUUAUGAGCGAUGAUGGACAUAAUACUGAUAUUAAUCACUCCCGAGGAAAAAAGGCGAUGAUUAAGAAUUCAAAAGACGGGACAAAGAGAGAGAAAACCGUGGAAAUUAGGAGGUGGGGGAAAAAAACGUGCACGGAUUUUCGGGAGUGACGUUGUUUGAAAAGACAGAGCGAGAGAGAGAGUGGGGGAGAGAGAGAGAGGGAGAGAGGAGAGACGGCGCGAUAACAGUGUUUGCCCUUCUUGGACUCAGUUUUGUGACCGGCUGACGGACGAAGAAACUUGAGGCAAUCCCACCGACAUCCUGAGUUCCUCAGGAGAUGGCCACGAUGUAUUUGCCAUUUCCUCAGAGGGGGUGAUGCGGUUGGGAGAGGCGGUUGUUUGAACUGAAGCUGUGAAAACACACCGUGUAACAGUCUGAGCAAGCAGCUAGCGUCUCAAACCAAAGAGCCCACCAGGAGCUUUUCGACCACCCAACGGGCGUUAAAGGUCUUUGCUACCCCUUUUAUUUUUAUGUUUCCCCGGGUCUCAGCAGCUGGAGAUUUCUUCGCUUCCUCAAGCAAACAGAAGAGGUUCACAAUGGGGUGAUUAGUGCUGUCAAAAUGCCAUCCUCUGCUGAUGUUGGGGGGACUGGGAUAAUAAUCUUGUGAUUCCCCGCCUGAGACUGCUGGAACACGUCGCUCAUACCCGUCUGCCUGCAAAUGGCACAUACAUUACGCGCCCUCGGGAGUCUCGGGCUCGGACGAACUUUCUUCAGCCUCGUACCUCAGCUCCACUACCACCACAAUGUGACGUGGCUUCAAGCUGAAAUUGCGAAGCGGACCUUUCACACUCUGUCACAAAGGAAGCUUGCUUGGCAGGGUGUUCAACCCUCGGCGGGAAACUGAAUGAGACACUUGACGAGAGGAGUGGAGGGAAAAAAAGCAGCGGAGAGAAACUUGGUGAGAUAGAGGGAGAUAUCAGGCAGCUGGAAAAAAAAAAACAAAAAGUAGAGGAGUGACUGACACCUGCCCUCCAGCUCGGUGUGAAGGGCAUAUAAUGGGAGAGUGAGAGGAAGGGCAUGAGGAGAGGGAAAGGAGAGGAGAGAAUGAAGACAACCGGAAAACAAGGCCUGCCUCAAAGCAAACCUGUCUCCAAUUAGGACAUCUCACCACAAGACAAGAUGAUUACGAGAAAUUUUCUCUUCUUGGUGUCCUUGUGUCUGUGGGAGGGGCUUGCGAGAGGUGCCUCAGCCAGUAAAAUUUUACGGAGGAGAGGAGUGGGCGGAUCGCACGUGGUGAAGCUGGGGGAGAGCCGUUCUAUGGACGCGAACGUGGAUUCGAAUGCGAUGCCCGUGGUUACUCUUCGAAACCUGAUUAGCCACGAGCAGGCGAGCGACGCCGGAUCUUUUUCUUACUCCAAGAUGUUGCAGAAUCAUCCUGCCCCAUCUGUAGCUAAUAAGGAGAGACAAACUUUCAAGCCCAAGCGCGAGGUUGACUCUGUGGCCCCGCGCACAUUGGCCGCUAGCAAGGAGUUUACCCAGGAUGGGAAGAAAGUCAAAAACAACACCAAGAAUGCUGACUCUUCCAAAACAGGGAGGUCAGAGAAAACUUUCACAGUUCAUCAUAAGCCAGAUCUUCACUCUAAUAAAACCAAGUUUAAAUCUGGCUCCAGGUCCAAAGGCAGGCCUGAUUUCAGCGUCCAUACUACGGGCGUGCCAGGGAAAGGUUUCAGCAUAGACUCGAGCCGAAAGCUGAACCUCACUGGCAGUUACGGGGUGCUGAAGCUGCUCUCAAAAGACAACCUGGUUAGGAUUGUCAAUUCCCAAAUGCAGAGCGUUCCCAGCUUGAGCUUUCCGAGCAAGGGCAGUCGGAGCAGGAAGCGAGAUUUGAUUGACGUUAAUCACGGACAGCUAGAGCCUCAGAAAGUGCCGAGACAAGAUAUAGCUGUCACUCAGUCUCAUGUGGGAUAUGAUAAUCAGACUGCAUUUCCUUAUGCCAGCCCAGUCGCCACUACAGAUCUUAAUCGGGACCGGGGCCCUGACACUCGUAUUAAUCCGCUAAGUGAAGUCAAGCCAGCUUUAAGUAAAGGGCAGGACAACUUGGGAAAACAGGGUUCAGAUAGCGGCGAUAGCAAGAGCAAACACUUUGCUCGUUUCCUGUCAACACCUCGCAGCGAGGUCAGUUUGAGCCCUGAGAAGGAAGUAAUGAUCAGCCAAACAGAACGGCCAUUCACAUCGACAAAACAUCUCCCGCUGUACGUUCCCUCUGAAACAAAUGAGUCUCCUCCGUCUGUGCUGACAAUGCAACCCCUGGGAGUGAGACCGGGGAACAGAGCAGCAGAGUCCCGUGGAGACCCAUUAACAGAGUCAGCUCACACUGCUCAAACAGAUCUCAGCACAGCUCAGUACUCCGCAGAUGAAGACAACAAACUUGUCAACAGCAGUCAUGUCCUGAGGCUCCACCCUGCUCACGAAUGGAGCCGCGUCGGGGAAGACGCCAAGAUGCACGGCGCGGAUCCCAAAAACGCAAAGGGCCUCGUAUUUGAAGAAGCAGAGUCAGAGGUGGAAGAGGAGGAGCGCGAUCGCAUGGAGGUGAAGGGGUCACGGUCUCGCAGCAGGAGGAGCUGGAUCUGGAACCAGUUCUUUGUGAUUGAAGAAUACGCCGGGCCGGAACCUGUGCUCAUUGGCCGGCUCCACACUGACAUGGACAGGAAUGAUGGACGCACAAAGUAUGUCCUGCGAGGCGAAGGGGCAGGCUCGGUCUUCGUGAUAGAUGAGAAAACGGGUAACAUCCAUGUCACCAAGCCGCUGGACCGUGAGGAGAAGGACGAGUAUCGUCUCAUCGCCACGGCCACCGACAGGCAGACCGACCGUGCUCUGGAGCCCUCGUCACAGUUCAUAAUUCGGGUGCAGGACAUCAACGACAACCCGCCUGUCUUUGAUGAAGGCCCCUACAGCGCCACCGUACCUGAGAUGGCAAAUAUAGGCACGUCUAUAAUCCAGGUGACGGCGACAGAUGCUGAUGACCCGACGUAUGGGAACAGCGCCAAGCUCGUGUACACACUGGUGCAGGGCCAGCAGUACUUCUCUGUCGAUCCCCAGACAGGUAUUCUACGAACAGCUGUACCCGAUAUGGACAGGGAGACCCAGGACCAGUACCUGGUGGUGCUUCAGGCUAAAGACAUGGGGGGGCACCUAGGAGGAUUAUCUGGGACCACCACUGUAACCGUCAGGCUUACCGAUGUUAAUGACAACCCACCACGCUUCACACAGAGUAUGUGGUCCUUCUCCGUUUCCGAGCUGGCCAUCCCGGGCGCUGAGAUAGGACGCAUCUCCGCAAUGGACGCUGACCUGGGUGAGAACGCCAAGCUGGAAUAUACCAUCCUGGAGGGGGAGAGCGGGGACACGUUCAAUAUCACCGGACUAAACCAAGAGGCGGUCAUCACGCUCAACAAGGCCGUAGACUAUGAGAGUCGGAGCUCCUAUUCCUUCUCUGUUGAGGUCCUUAACCCGAUAGUGGACCCCCGCUUCCUACGUCGAGGCCCCUUUAAAGAUCGGGCUUCAAUCCGAGUUGCAGUCCUGGAUGCGGACGAGCCACCGAGGUUCUCUCGGGCCAGAUAUCACAUGGAUGUUUCAGAGAACUGCCCGCCGGCCUGCACAGUGGGCCGAGUCAGUGCAGUAGACCCUGAUACUGGUCUGACCAAUAAUAUCAGGUUCUCCAUUGAUCCUCAGUCAGACCCAGAGGCUCUGUUUCGUAUCACACCAGAGACCGGUCUCAUCACCACAGCGAUGGAGCUGGACCGGGAGCGUGAGCACUGGCACAACAUUACAGUCAUCGCCACCCAGAGAGACAAUCCCAGCCAAGUCUCCAGAGUUCUAGUUGCAAUAGAGACCUUAGAUCUGAAUGACAAUGCACCUGAGCUGGACAGGCAGUACAACACAGCCAUGUGUGACUCCUCCUCCAUCGGACAGGUGGUGCAGGUGUUGCGGGCGAUUGAUAGAGAUGAGGGUGGGAAUGACAGCACCGUGUAUUUCAGCAUCCCUCCAGAGUCCAGCGCUGCCCUCAACUUCAGCGUCAGGGACAGCGGUGGCCCCACAGCCAGCUUGGUGUUGCUGUCCCAGAUCCAGCCACUGUCCCGUUCCUCAUCCUCCACCUUGACCCUCUACGUGCCGCUCGUCCUGAGGGAUGGGACGUCUGGCCUCACCAGCACUGGGACGGUCACUGUGUCCGUCUGUCCCUGCCUGAAAGGAGGGGCACGAGCUGGGGAGAAAGACAAGGACAAACAGACCGAGGGCGAAUGGGACUGGGAGAAAGAAGCGGUGUGUCUUCCUCAGCAGUCCACACUGCCCUCCCCUGGGCUCAGUACAGCUGCCUUGCUGGCUAUCCUGGCUUGUGUUGCUACAUUACUGGCGGUGAGUGCCCUGUCAUUGUCGCUGCGGCGUCAGAAGCGCGACUCGCUGUCACCGCUGGAGGAGGACGACGUACGCGAGAACAUCAUAACGUAUGACGACGAGGGCGGAGGCGAGGCCGACACAGCUGCCUUCGACAUUGCCGCCCUGCAGAGUGCCCCGCACAGCUCGCGCUCACGCGGCUAUCGCACGCUGGACAGCAGGAACGUUCGUUACUCACAUCGUGCUCAAGACAAAUCUCGCACUUAUAGCUGGGCUCAGAAUCCAGGUGUGGAUCACAACUACUCAGGACCAGCAGGACCCCUUUACGGUCGUCUCUGCUACAGCAGUCACACGUUACCCAUUCUCCGUCGCGCCCCAGGAGGAACGUUCGAGCCAGGCUUGGCUGAGCUGGCGUACCGCUUUCCUGGAGGCCAGCCAGACCAUUCCCUGGUUAUCCAGAACCAAGGGGCCGUGGUCGGGCCGAUGGAGUCUGGGGCGGUGUACAUAGCUCCAACGGAUCUCAGCACAGGAAGUCGAACGGGGAGUCGGACGGAAAGCCGCGACGGGACCGCACCCCAGAGCGGGGUGAGCACGUCCGAUGGAGGGACACCGAGAACCAGCGACAGCCACGACAGAGGAGGAGGAACAGGAACCGCAAGCAACUGUACAGAAGGGAGCAGUGAGGACAAAGUUAACCUCAGUCAAAAUGUGGACUGGCCCCGAACUGAAACCACUCGUGCUCGCCUACAUUCCCUCCAGGUGCAGUCGGAGACAUUGCCCAGGGAGCACAACCUUGUCAUGACCCGAUCCGGCUCCCUCAUUGGUCAGGGUCACGGCGUAGGAGGCUGGGUGUGUGACUCGGCUACCCUCCCCAUGGCAGGACGCAGGGCCUCUCGUACCGGCAUGUCCCCCAAACGCACAUGUGGCAGUCUGGCUGACUCUGACUCUGGUGGAGGAGGAGGAGGAGGAGGAGGGGGGAGUGGAGGUGGAGGUGGAAAUGGAAAUGGGACCACCUCCACUGAUGGACAACAACAACCACCUGCCAGUGGACGCAACUAUGCCACUGUCCUGCAGGGGGAAGUAUCUGGGCAGAGGGACUACGCUGGCACUCUGGGGAGAGGAGGACUGGAGAUGGGAAGCAACUUUGUGGUGGCAAGGCCAGACAGAGAAAGUGGAGGAGUAUCACUGACCGGGACUCCAUCUGUCUACCCAGAAGCACCUGGCUUUAUUGGGGACUGGCGCGAUCGAGUAGGUAUGGGAGGGUAUGUUUUGGGCAGGAGGGAUAUGACCCCUCAGCUUUUGCCCUUCCCCGGGCAGCCUCGGGCAACAUAUGGCAGUGUGAUGGGCUUUGGGGCCAACUGGGUUCCAGGAAUGGAGGCAGCCAGAGGGGGACCAGGGCACGGGGGUCCCUCCUUGGCACUGCGAGUGGGUGAGUUCCUACGGCUGCGCCUUGCCCAGGUCACCUUUGAUCCCUCACAGCCGCCAUACGACUCUGUGCAGGUGUAUGGGCUGGAGGGAACAGGGUCCAGGGCUGGAUCCCUCAGCUCACUGGAGAGCGAAGGGGAGAAGGAUUCAGAGAAGGAGGAUUGGGGGGCAGGGCUGGAAGAGUGGGGUCCCCAAUUCCAGAAAUUAGCCCAGCUCUUCAAAGACAGGGAGAAAGAGAGGGAAGAUAAGGAAAAGGUUGACGAGGGUGCCAAAAAAGAGAAAGAAAUGAAUGAGGAGCCUGAGAAGAAAGUGAAAAAAGAUGGAGUGCGGGCUGGAGAAGAGGGGAAAGAUUGAGGAAGGAUAUAAAUGAAACAAAUAGGGGCAAAAGGGGGUAAGAGAGGAAGGGGAGGAAAAGAAGGAUGAUGAAAAGGCAACUUGAGCUCGAAUAAUGUGAAGAGAAGUUAAAGGGGAGAAAGAUGAAGAGGCAAAGUAAUAAAAAGAGACAGAGAAAAAUGAGCCUAGGGAGGAUGGAGAAUGCGAGGGCAGGGGAGGGAGUGAUUGAUGUAAUUUAUAGCAAUAAGUGUUGAAACGCUGAUAUGGUUGAGCACAGAUACUGAGACAAUGCAGAGCCUGCUUCUGCUCGGGGCAGCAACAAUUUGUUAAACGCUUUGGACAGAGAAAAACAACUCAAACAUCCAAGACUCGAUUAAAUUCAGCUCUCACGUAUGGAAUGAGAAACAGCAGGAGGCGAGAAGGAAGACGUCUGGUGCGCCGAUCUGAUCCCAGUGUCUGCGUGUUUGUGUGCGAGAAAAGUCAGUGAAAAGUGCGUGAGAACACGUGCGCAACCGAGCGCGUGCCGUACGCGUGCAUAUUUAACAGAGAUGGAGCAAAAGAGAGUGGCAGGGGGAAAUCGAAAUACCCAGAGACAAUUUUCGAGAUGAGACUGAUGACUAAUGCUGCGUAAUGCCGCAACAUUAGCUUUCAGGACGACGAGGCAGGGAAAAACACUUAACAACGAAGUUUAGAAAGUAGGAUAAGACACAGGGGAGGGGGGAGAAAGUGAUGUUUGACUAUAAAGGGAAUGGGCGGCAAGGAUGUAUAGAGAGAGAAAUGGUCUUGGAAGUGAGAUGAUUGUACAGAAACUGUUGCUUUUUAUUCCAUCUGCAGUGGCAGAAAAAGUGAAUUAUUCAGCUUGCUACUCCAUUCCAAAUGAAAAUGAUGAAUCAUUUAAAUCCUGCAAAAGAUUCUUCCUCCUCUCAGCCCACGAGGAAAAACAGACAUUGUGAAAAAUUUAAAUGGUUUAGGGAUAUGAUCCCCCCCCCCGACCCUCUCAGUUCUUCGCCCCCCCUCCCAUCCCCCCCAGCUAUUUUGUAGUUGAGUGUUGGUAUGUUUACAAAGAUUCACACACAAACAUGCGGCGACACAAAAGAACUGAUUAACACCACAAGGCUUUGAUUGUACUACAGUAAAUUACAUAAUCCAUGAGUAUUCUGAGGACUCUGUUAUUGAUGGCAUAAAUGUGUCUUUUUUAUGAAAGAAGUCUGCUUUUUUCUAAUUUGCCCACCCCACUUCCCCAGUCUCACAUGCAUGAUUUUACAACAACAACAAUAAAAAAAAAAACUCCACAAAAUCAGUUUCCACUCCAAACGCUUGUACGGCCCAAUGGAACAUUUCCACAGAUCUCUAAUGAAAUUGUAGUGAAACACAACCACAGAGACAGGCUUUUUCGUUUUCAUUUUAUUUCUUGUUAAAAGGUCAGGAUGCAAAUGAGCUGGAGAUUUCAGCUGGAAUGCACUUUUAUACUGUGUGAUGUUCAAUAAUAGAUAACGAAUCAUGUCGAAAAUUACAGUUCUUUUAUAAGAUGUCAGCUAAACGAAGAUAUCAUGUUUGACUGUAUGUAAAAAAAAAAAAACAUUUGUAAAUACCACUAAGUAUUACUGCUAAAAGAGAGUAUAUAAAAUUUAAAAUGUGUAAAAAAAAAUAAAAUAAAAAAUGUCUAGAACAGAACUUAGAUGUUGAAAAUGGAGCACUGUUGGGAUUACCUGUAUGUACUGUAGAUUAGAAAUGGAUUAACUGCGCUGGACUGCCUCCUGGACUCAAAAUAACACCAUGUAUUCAACAUCUGUGUUUGGGUUUGCUGUGUGCUAGCUCUUUGUCUGAGAUGGACAAGCCAAGGAUUCAAUUAUACAUGUGGCCUCUGGCAGAAGUUUGUUGUGCAAAAUAUUAGUUACAGGAAGCCUGUGAGCUAACCUGUGCCAGUGAAGAUCCAUUUGAUGAAAAUCCAGUGAAGUGAGGAGAAAUCCCCCUAAUGGGUAUACAAAACAAAAUAAAAAAAAGUCAGUGUUCCCUAAAAUCUGAAUUAAUAGCCUGCAAAAGUGGAAUAAUCUAGAAUUUAUAAUAAAUUUUACACUGCCUGAGAGAUGUGGAGGUUUUAUAGAUAGUUGCUUCUCUUGAAAAAUAUGACAAACACUACAUUAAGAAAAAGUGUCUUGUGUGCAUUUCAGGCAAUCCAAUUCAAAUGCCAAAUUACUGAUGCAUUAUGGUCUACAUAAGCAAAUUUUCUUGCGUGAAAGAACAACUUAGCUCUAUAAUGUAUUUAUUGCUACGGUGGCCCUGAGAGGUCAGAUGUGCUGCAACUUAAGGAAACACCAGCAAGUAGAAAAACUCUACAAAAAUUCACAAAUGACAAGAAAAGUAAAAAAAACCC